GGCCGGGUAUGCGGGCGCGGCGCUGGUAGCGGGUUCCUGAGCGCCAUCCGCCGCUGCCGAGUUUGUCACCUGGGCCCCGCGCUUUCGCCCGGUGCUGCCCACCCUCGCCCGCCGCUAUGGCCCUGGUGCGGGACGCCGAGCCGGCCUCAGGGCCCUCCCGCUGGCUGCCCACGCACGUCCAGGUGACAGUGCUGCGAGCCCGCGGGCUGCGGGGCAAGAGCUCGGGCGUCGGCAGCACCAGCGACGCUUACACGGUGAUCCAGGUGGGCCGCGAGAAGUACAGCACGUCGGUGGUGGAGAAGACGCAGGGCUGCCCCGAGUGGCGCGAGGAGUGCUCCUUCGAGCUGCCGCCCGGCGCCCUGGACGGCCUGCUGCGGGCGCAGGAGGCAGACGCGGGCCCGGCGCCCUGGGCUGCGGGCUCGGCCGCCGCCUGCCAGCUGGUGCUCACCACCAUGCACCGCUCACUCAUCGGCGUCGACAAGUUUCUGGGCCAGGCCACCGUGGCGCUGGACGAGGUCUUCGGCGCAGGCCGUGCCCAGCACACACAGUGGUACAAGCUGCACUCCAAGGCAGGCAAAAAGGAGAAGGAACGUGGCGAGAUCCAGGUCACCAUCCAGUUCACUCGCAACAACUUGAGCGCCAGCAUGUUUGACCUGUCCAUAAAGGACAAGCCGCGGUCCCCCUUCAGCAAGCUGAAGGAUAAAAUGAAGGGCAAGAAGAAGUAUGACCUUGAGUCCGCCUCCGCCAUCCUCCCAAGCAGCGCCCUAGAGGAUCCUGAGCUGGGCAGCCUGGGCAAGAUGGGCAAAGCCAAAGGCUUCUUCCUCCGCAACAAACUACGCAAGUCAUCUCUGACUCAGUCCAACACCUCGCUGGGCUCGGACAGCACCUUGUCCUCGGCCAGCGGGAGCCUGGCCUACCAGGGCCCCGGCGCUGAGCUCCUCACCCGCUCGCCGAGCCGCAGCAGCUGGCUGUCCAGUGAAGGGGGCAGGGAUUCUACGCAGUCCCCCAAGUUGCUCACCCAUAAGAGGACCUAUAGCGAUGAGGCCAGCCAGCUGCGUGUGGCCACUCCCCGGGCCCUUCUUGACCUCCAGGGCCACCUCGAUGCUGCCCCCCGCUCUUCCCUGUGUGUCAAUGGGAGCCACAUUUACAACGAAGAGCCCCAGCCCCCUGUGCGGCACCGCAGCUCCAUUUCAGGCCCGUUCCCCCUGUCCAGCUCCCUUCACAGCGUCUCUUCCCGGCCCUCUGAGGAGGGCUCUCGGUCCUCGGAUGACUCAUGGGGCAGAGGUAGCCGAGGCGCCGGCAGCUCGUCGGAAGUGGUGCCUGCACAGGAGGAGCUGAGCACUCAGGCCAAAGCGCCAUCUGGGGAGGAGCGGGCCCAGCCCCCAGAGGGGAAGCCAGUCCAGGUGGCCACGCCCAUACUGGCCUCCUCUGAGCCUGUGCUGGAGAAGGAGGGAGCUCGGAAGGAGGAACGUAAGCCCCGGAUGGGCCUCUUCCAUCAUCAUCACCAGGGCCUGAGUCGGAGCGAGUUGGGGCGCCGUGGCUCUGUGGGGGAGAAGGGUGGUCCCACACUAGGGGCCUCCCCGCAACAUUUGACCAGUGGGGAGGAAAAGCCCAAGAGUAGCUGGUUUGGCCUGAGAGAACCCAAGGAAUCAACUCAGAAACCCAGCCUGGACGUGUCUCCUCAGGUAGAAUCUGACCCAGCUGCUGCUCCUCACCACCUUCCCUGCUCCCCCUGGGCUCUGGCCCCCCCCACUCCUGUUCCCACUGCUGCUCCCAUGCUAAGCACUAACCUUUUUGCAGCCGCCUCCCCUGCUGCUGCCACUGCUGCCGCCGCUGCCACCACCACCACCACCCCCGAAGUCACCCUACCUGGAUUCUUGGGUGUCACCAACCCGUUCCUCACCUCCUUGCAGAGCAACCCCUUCUUCGAGGAGCUCGUAGCCAACAUAGCACUAAACUCUCCUUCACCCGCUCCCUCUCUCCCCAGUGCCUCGAGGGCCAGCCCUGCCCCCCUGGCCUCCCCUGGGAGAGCCCUGCCUGAGUGGGACGACACCUUCAACAUCUUUGCUGCCAGCAGGCUGCAUCCAGAGGCCAGGAGCAAGAUCCUAGCCCCAGCAGGAGUGGGGCUGGAGGCGGCUGGGCUGAAGGAUUCAGGCCCAGGGGCCAUGGCAGUGAAUGCAGCUGAGGCCCAAGCAGAUCCUGGGGGAGGAAGUGAUGGGAGCAGCAUGUGGUCAGAGCCCAGGGCUCCUCUGGACUUGGGACUGGACCAGCAGAGCACAAGUGCAUCUGACCCGGGGCCCCUUGGGUCAGCAGAGGCCGCCCUGCCCCCCGAGCUGCACCUUCGAGCCUCAGCCUCAGCACCAGACCGGGAGCCGCUGGCCCCGGAAGGUGGAGCAGGGCAGAGUCCAGCAGGUAGCGGAAGGUCUCUGUUCAGCUCCCCAGAAGUGAUCAGUGCGUGGGAGCAGCUGCCUGGUUUGGAUGACACCCCCGAGGGCCAGGACGAGGAGGCCCCCCAAAGGGAAAGCCAGCUUUUCCACGAGCUCAGUACAGCCGAUGAUUCCUGGCCCUGGGAUGUGGUCACCAUUUCUCCUGCAGCUGAGAUGGCCUCACCAGUCCUGCGCGGAGAGUCUGAUGAGCUGCCUGCUCCCCAGUCGCUGCCAGAAUCACCUGAAACUAUGAAUCCCACACAGAGCGAGGGCCUUCCCCCACUGGAGCUGGAGACAGAGCUUAAACAUGAGUGGGGGUCGGACGAGGGGCUGAAGCCCAGCGCACCACCUCCCAAGCCACCGCGCCUCUUCAUGCCCUCAAACCCUCAGGUGGAGGAAGAGGAAGAGAAUGCUGCGGGGAGGCCGAGUGACCAGGAAUCAGGGACAGAAGAAGAUGCUGCCCCACGUGCUGUAUUUGUUGGUCCUCAGGAAGCCAAGGAGGAGAGCGAGAAACCUGAGUCAGAGGAGUCGGACAGCCCAUCUUCUGCGACCUUGCUGGGCGAGCCAGGCCUGGAGGAGCUAGUAGAGGAUGCCAGCCCCCCUGGGUCCAGCGCCUGCCUGACUGUGCCCGCCAGCUGCCCUGAGGGGCCUGUGCCCACGCCCUGUUAUUCAGCAAGCUCAGCUCUUCCAAGUCUGCAGACCUGGGGGGCUCCAGAGAGAGAAGGCCCUGAGGUCUCGAGCCAGGAACCAGUAGAAGAGGCCCUUGCUCCUCUAUCCGACACCCCCCAGGGGGCUGAUGUGUGGGCCUUGGAGGAGGGUGCCUUGAGCCCCUUGUCUCAGGGGAGCCGAGAUCCUCCUAGUCUUCCCUCUACAUCCCCACCAGCGUCCAGGGAAUCUUCUAUCCACUCUGGCCCAGAAGAGCCACCCACGCCCCCAGAGCCUGCCUUUCCACCGCCCCCUCUCCCACCCUGGGCCAGCCACCGCCAUGGGGCACCUGGCCCUCCAUGCUCUCCCUUGCCUGGGGCCUGGCCCCUGACUUCUUCCUCCCCACCUCCGGGGGAGCCAGACUCACCCCCUGGCUCCUUUGAGCCCUUCCCCCCUGAAGGCUCCCCUGUCCCACUCGGGGAAGACCACGCUGCAGCCACCCCAGCCUCCCCGCUUGUGCUUCUGCCCUUGGAGACACGACCAGCUGAAGAGCCACAGCCCAGCGCCAGUCCCCACCCUGUGAAGCCCCUCAGUGCAGCCCCUGUGGAGGGCAGCCCCGACAGGAAGCAGCCCCGCUCCAGCCUGAGCACGGCCCUGAGCAGUGGGCUGGAGAAGCUCAAGACAGUCACGUCUGGCAGCAGUCAGCUUGUGGCCCCGGCACCCCAGCUUGGCCAGACUGUGGACACCAAGAAGCUGAAGGACUCUGCUGUGCCAGACCAGUCAGCCAAGUACUACCACCUGACGCACGACGAGCUCAUCGGCCUGCUCCUGCAGCGAGAGCGCGAGCUGAGCCAGCGGGAUGAGCACGUGCAGGAGCUGGAGAGCUACAUUGACCGGCUGCUGGUGCGGAUCAUGGAGACCUCACCCACACUGCUGCAGAUCCCUCCCGGUCCCCCCAAGUAGCCUCCCCUCCUCCACUCAUCCCUAGAGGGUUGGUGAGGACCUGCUGCCCAGAGAGGGCCCAUGUACCUGCCUGCCCGUCUGCCCGCCCGCCCUCCUUCCCAUCGAACAUACUCACCUGGGCAAGGCACAGCCUGUCCUUGUGGUCUCCCUGCUCCCCCGCACUUGCCUCUCUGAAGGAGAGCCCUGGGACCCCACUUGGAGGCAUCAAGUUCCAUGUAUAACUUGUGUGUCUGUGGGAGUCCUGGGUCUUUCCCACCUGCCUCUUUUCAUACCCUUAGCUUUGGGGGCUCUGUGGAAUUGGAACAAGGCAGUUAGUCCUCAAGAUGAGCAGGAGUGGACUGCAGGUUGGUGUGUCUGAGAGAGGCUAUUGUUGCACAGACUUUAUAACCCCCCAGGGAUGGUCUGCCAUUCCUUCCCACAGUAAUCCCUCAUCCUCUUCAUUCCCCUCCGGGUUCUGGAGGGGAUCUAGUAUUACAGGGACUGGGACAGGGACCAAUCUGACCAUUUGUCCAAGUUGUGGGCAACCCGGGUGCCUACUCUUCAGCCUUGCCCUCUUCCCCUGAGAGCAGGGGCCUGUGUGGUCCAGUCUAGUCUUUGCCACGUCCCAAGUCUUUUUCCACCUUGAGCUGUUGCCGAGUACAGUGUGGAAGGAGGUGAUGAUGUCUGUUGUCCAGGCUGCUCGUUGCCCUCUUUGGACCUUCCCCCUGGGUGUCACUGGUGAGUGUGAAGGUAGGGCUGAGUCAGACAGAGCUCCUCCUUGCUCUUCUGGUUCCCACUCAUCUCUGAUGUACAGGCCCCGCCACGUCAGGGCUGUAGGCUGCUUAUGUUUUGGGGAUUAAGCCUCCAUGUCUUUCUGUUUCCUGUCCAGAUGCCAAAGCUCUAUGCUCCUGCAGGGUUUGAACUUUUGGAACCCAAUGAAAAUGUGCCUUUUGCAGGUGGGGUCAAGAGCCUCUGGAUGUAGAUCUCUCCCCUGCUGUGGCAUCCCCCGCCUUCCUGUUUGAGCACACCUGGAUGGCUCUGUCGGGGUCCUGGGAAGGGGAAUGGGGGUUGAACAGUCCUGCUGUGUGUUCUUCCCCUCCUUGAGAGUUAUCUCAGCUAAGGGUCUGGUCAAGCUGCUGCUACUAACCCUCCUGCUGUCUUCCCUUCCUCUUCAACCCCAUUUCGAGGAUCCUAGGAUAAAAACCUCUGGUGAGCUAUUGUUCUGGGGCCAGUCCUGGCCUGGCCUCAGGACAGCCAUGCUGGAGCAGUUGGCUGUUCUGCAAGUGGGAGGCCGCACUAUGCCUUAGGAGACACCUAUACUCCUUUGUUGCUCCCCCACCCACCCACUAAGCUCUGUCCCAGCCUGUCCCUUCUGCCUUGCCUGGCUUGGCUGCUGUGUACUUUGAGAUGAAGUAUCUGUCCUUUGGCCUAGCCGCUGGUUUGCUUUUGGAAAACAUGGCAGGUUUCCCCAUGACAUCUGCAGGGAUCCUUUGCUACCUUGGGCACCCUGCAUUAGUAAAAGAUGGGGAGGGCAUGCCAAAGGAUGAUAUUUUUAGCCCAGUGAAGGGGCAAGAGCUCCUCUAGGGCCGUCUCCUGUGGGCUUGCUCAGAAGGCCUCAGGUUGUGUUCUCUGGGUGCUGGCGGUCUUCUGCCAGGAUGGAGCAGAUGGCCCUGCACCUGGGGGAGCCUCUGAAGAGUCGCUUACCUUAAGGUUCCCUCACCAGAGCUGAAUGUAUCCACAGGUGCCCAGAUCUUCAGUCACGUGUUUGAAGGGUCAUUGAAGAUUGGAGAAAUGAUUUUUCUGAGGGAGAGGCCAUUCUCCUACUAGGUAUUUUUUGGCUCUUUUUGGUCCCAGCCCCAGCCCUGGGUAGGUGUAUCUUUAGAAGAGGUUUUGAAUUGAAUUCAGCCAAGGGUUGUUUGAUGUUUUUGCUCCUAACCACAAGCUACAUGGGGGUGGGCAGGUAGCAGGCACAGUUCUGCUUUGCUGUUUGUCUCCCUAGGUGUACCUCUUGUUUAUAAAGAGCUUGUUCUUCAUGUUUUGAGCACUUUAUGAGGAAUAAAAAGUUCACAUACUGCA